UUGUGAAUCUGUAUGUUCCAAAACGUCAACAUUAUUUGUCAUCCGUUAAACGCGUAAAUUACUUUCUUUUUGUAGUAGUGAGAUAAAACUUAAUAUUUUGUGUAAAAAACGAACUGUAUUUGAAUACAAAAGUGUUUUUAUAGUAAUUUAAUACGCUAAAAUGGGUGACGCGUGCCAGGCCUGCCUUACCAGGGUACCCCAUGCUACUCUCAUCGCUACGAUUAUGUGCUGCCUGGGCGUGGGUGUGUUCUGUGGGACUAUGUAUCGAGGAUCAGCUCUAUCAAUACUAAUGUUUGAUGAAGUAUUCCACUUCCGUCUCAUAUGGAUCGAAGCAUUGCAAAUGAUAUUCAUCGUGGGCAGCGCCUGUAUGGCAGCACUUGGCUUCAUGCUGUUGUGUCUGGGUUGUUUGACAACAGGCGCUACCAGGCAGAAAGUAUACAGAGCAUGGAGAGCGCGUGUCGGAGGUCGGAUAUCUUGCGCCGUGUUUAUGAUCAUUACAUACAUAUUGACUUUUGUAUGGAUCAUAUUACUAGGUUUCUUAGUAAUUACGACAUUCUUAUUCACUAUCUUCUGGAAACUUUGUUCGAAACCGAAAAACAUUGAUCUCUCGACUUGCAUUGACUUUACGCAAUUUGAUUUCAUGUUUCCAUCAAGUGUGAAACAAGAAGACAUGAGAAUUUGUGAAGCACACAAAGUAAAAUUAUUCUGCAAGGAUUAUGUUGAGAAGGCAGAAUUUAUGUUUAUUUUGGCAAUGGUAUCUUGCAUACUUGUAAUACUGAGUUUGGUGCACUACCUGAUGUGUCUGUCAGCCAACUAUGCCCACAUCAGGGACCAUGAGAAGUUCCAGGAGCUGCAGGAGCUGCAGUACCUGACCAAUCCGGACCUGCAUGCCUCUAAAGACCGUUUCUAGUAUAUGGCCCGCGCACCUCUCCUGCGCUCCCUAGAAGCUACAACUAAAAUGUGACAAAGUUAAGCAAUUGACUGUAAAUUUGACCAAAUUUUGGUGUUCACUGACAAAUUAAAAAUAAACAAAAGACUGAAAUUCAGUGAAUAAUUACUACAAAAAUGUAGCUUCUUAGUUAUAGUUAUCACUUACCUACCUUGUAUUUCACAUAUCUUAUUUCAAAAUAUUGAUUCUGUCCACACAAUUGAACAUUCCUUUAUGCAUUAGGUGUUAUCAGAUGAUUUGUUAAAGAAAAGCUAAUAUUUGUAUGUUUAGGUGCUUGUUUAAGUAUUACUUUGAAUUUGUCUAAUUGACCUGUAUUAGUAUCCUAGUGACUGUGUUAUUGUAAGAUAUCACUGUAUGUUAGUAAUUACAUAAUUAUCGACAUGUCCUCAAAGUCCUCUAUGUAUAAGCUAUUUUGUAUAUUGUUUAAAAUGUAUUGGCUGCUAUUGUUUUUCUAACAAUUGUAUUGGUACUCUACAGACACAAUUCAGAAUGAUUAACAAAUCUGAAUUUGAUAUAAAUAUUAUAUCAGAAUUGAACGGGUUUAUUGUUCAAAGUUUAGUACAAGGAGUUAUUUAUUUAAACAUUUUACUGAAGGAGUUAAUUAAGUAUCCAUAUAAAUAUAUAUUUCAGCAGUAAGGAACCACAAGCUGUUCAUUUAAUUAUAUCAAAUAGUUAGAUGUAAGUAAUUAAAAUUAGUAGACUGAAUUUAUGGCAGUUUAUAAAUGCUUUAUAACAAUAUUUUUAUUCAGAUAAGGCUUGUUGUGUUCAACUUUAGUUAAUUGUGUUCUACAACUUAUUUCAUUGCUUUUAUAUACUUUUUUUGGAACAAAUUUAGGAAUAUUUCUUAAAUUAUUGCCAAUAUUUUUUUUCUAAAAUAUAAGCUUCCAAUUUCAGUGUUAAAUACUACAUGUAUGAUAUGAUAAGCUCAAAUAAGAACACACAAUAUUUUCGUCCGUUGUUUUUACAUAGAAUAUUUAGAAAAAAUAUUUUUUACUGAUAUUAGCGUUAUUGUGCCUAUAAAAAAAAUGACUUAGUCAAACUUUUUAUUUAACAACAAUCAAGUUUGUAAAAUUGCAUUUAUUUUGUUCAAGUUGUAGGAAAUUACAUAGGAGAUUUAAUUUUCCGUUUUGACGAUUUUGUACACCUAUUAUAGUACCUACGUAAAUAUAAGUUGCACGUAAUUAUGUACCUAAGUAAACAUGUAUGAAAUCGGAUAGGAUUUUUUAAUAAAUGUUCGUUUUUAAUUUUA